UCAACGGUGUUCACGGUCAGGUCUGUGGUAAUCCCAUCAAAAAACAAAACAGAAAAAAAUCUAGAUUAUAAAUCAACAUGUAACCAAAGCACUCUGUGUAUAACGCUAUAGUAUAGGAUGUAGUUCAGAAAAUGUCAAAGUAUAGUAUGCUUUACUCAAGAAUAACAUAGUAUGGCCUGUAGUUCAUAGUACAGCAUGUUGGCAAGAAAAAAAAAAGAAAACAGAUUAUUAUGUGAUUCAAAAAGCGCAAAAUGAUAGGAUGUUGCCUAAAAUUGUCAUGUAUAAUAUGUCUAAAAAAUGCCAUAGAAUAAUAAUUUCAUUGCACAAGUAAAAGUAUAGUAACUUUUAAAACCGUUUGAAUUCUUAUAUGUUGCUAAAAAAAACAAAAAAAGGUCAGUAAUAUGGCAAUUAAAAAAGCCUAUAGUAUAGUGUGUCGCCCAACAAACAUCAUAGUAUAGCAUGUCGCUCUAAAAACGUCACAGUAUAGCCUUUAGUCCACAGCUGUCAGUAGGUGAGGAGCAACACAAAAACAGUCCAAACGCUGGUUUCCAGAGGGUUAGACGAGAAUUUAUUUGAAAGAGUAAGUUUACAACAACACAUGUGAGGGGGUUAAAAACAAAUGGGUGUUAGUAAAAUAAAAAUAAAUAAACAGAACUAAAAGUGAACUUCAUGUUGACAUUGAUGGGCAUUCCAACCAGGAACAAAGUAAAAGAUAAUCAAUACGAAAAAAAAACUUCCUGUUCACCUCUUAAAACCCAAAAACACACCGCAGUAGCACCCUAAACUAAAACUACCAAUGGGUUCCCUGUUUUCCUUUGUGAACAAUUCAAAGGUCCCUCUCUAUCUCCCCACACAUCCACCAACCACUGGAACACAUCUCCAAAGUUCUGCUGGGCCAGCUCAGCUUCCCCUCAGAAGAAGUGCCACCACCUGCCAGAUGAAGGAGCCUUUUGAGAGGCAGCUGGCAUCGUGAUUGGACUGUACUUUGGUCUGUUCCAAUCCAGCUUCAGCUCCAGAGACGGCAGGCAGGACGAGUCAAUGGAGGCCGGGUGGAUGAAGACAUGCAGCUGAGUACAAUCCAGAAAACAACAGAGGAGGAGUGCAGGGCCAGAACAACCAGAGUAGCAUCGUAUGUCUCUUAGAAAACAUCAUAGUAUAGCCUUUGGUAUGAAAAAACACCAUCAUAUACGUCAUAUAUUGUACAAAUAACAAGUCAAAGGAAAGAGACAUACAUUGUAGAGUUGUAGUAAUUGUGGGCUGACUGAUAUACUGAUUAGCAGUAUUUUUUUUUUUUUAACUGAUUUACGGUAAUAAAUCAAUUUAAAAAUGGCGCUACUAUUAUAGCCGCGAUUCCACAAGCACCUACUCGGCGCGGUGCGGCUCGGCUCGUCUUUGUUUGCGAGCGUUUCCAUAUGGAUUAGUGCAUGGUAUCAAGCACAAUUUUCCGUACCUUCUCGGCUGAGGUUCCAAGCGAGAUGAAGUGAGCCUAGAUGUGACGUCUAUAUAGUGCAGGCCACUGGUUGGACAGGAGUGCAGGCCACUGAUAGGACGGGGAGUGACGACACACGAGAGCGACUCCAGCACGAAAACAAAACCGGCAUUUAAAAAAAAAAACUAAACAGCGACGGUGUGCAUUGCUCUUCACGGACCUCUCUGUUCUUCAUAAUUUUAAUAUGACAGCCAGACUUGUACCGUGGGUGAAUGAAGAGGUCGAGACUUUUCUGUCUUUGGUGGCGGACCAAAGAAUACAGAGGGAGCUGGACGGAGAAAGUUUAUCAGGAGGUCUCUGAGCGGAUGGCCACCCACGUAUACAGUAGACUGUAUAUAAAGAGGACAGAAGCAGUGUGGAGAGAAGCUGAAAAAGCUCAAAAAAUGACUAUUGGUCCACCAAGGACCACAGCGGCCGGCGUGGGUCAACCAGGAGGUGUUGGAAGAGGUUUAAUGGAAGCUAUUUACUGGCACCGCACUGGCGAGCAACAGGAGGGAGACUCAGCUGCUGCAUUAUUGGAGACGUUCGAGGACGAAUCCCUUUCGACGUGCGAAGCCUGCUCCACCUCCGUCAUGGAGCCCCCAGCUCCCCCGCCUCCUCUCCAGCACCAGCUUCAGCACCAGUACCAACUCGGACACCGACCCUGUCAACAUCAACCUCCAGCACGUCACAGCAACGUCUUAUCACUGGCAAGAGGAAAAGGUGCCACAGAAAAUUGGACUUUCCAAGCAUACUUGUGGAGAUGCAGGCUGAGGAGGAGCGGAACCGGCACCCAGCAUGAUGAGAACAUCUGGUCGCUCCUCAGCGAGGCAAGAGAGAAUGAAGCGGCCUUGCAGCGGGAGGAGAUGGUCCAGAAUGCUGCCUUCAACCAGUCAUUCCUGGGUGUACUGGGGCAGCUGGUGCAGGCAGUGGGCAGCCAGCGAGUCCACCUCCCAGAGACUUGAGAUUUAGUUGUAUAUAGUUUUACUUUUAGCCCUCUACUGUAGGACAGGCCCACCACAGUUUGUACUUUACACAUUGUAAAUAGUUUUGAUUUUGCUGCUGACUAAUAAACUAUUUUGUGACUUCUGUGAUUGCAUCAUAACUUUUCAUUUUGUCUGUUAAGACACUGGUAGGAAAAGAGUCAACAGUCUGAACCAAACAAUUCUGUAUUCCCUAAUAAUGCAUUUAUGUUUAAUGGGAUUUAACAUGUUUUAACACAAACGCCUUUAACGUUCAUAAUUCCGUUGACUGAAUUACACCAAAGCAAUACUGAUUUAUCAAACUGGAAUAUUCUUAAAACAGCUGUUUGAAUGUUUUGGUGUUUAAUUUGUCAUGUAAUCUUGCUAAUCUUCACAAAUAAAAUAAUAGCACAGACACAUCUGCAAAAGGUACAAAAGUUUAUUGUCAGAAUUGUAUUAAAGAAAACAAUAGCGGUCUGGGGACGGAAAAACAGAAGUAUAAUGAGAAGAAUAACUUAACUUCUGCAUGACACGUAGUGCAUCAAUACAUCCUGUACAUCUGUCCUCCUCCUCUACACCUUGUGCCACUGCAGGCUCAUGUGCUGCUGCUUCAGGUAAAUCCCAUGAAGCCUCAUCAGAGAGCAUCUGAAACACAUACACAGCAUGCAUAUUUUAAUAACUGAAACACAUACACAGCAUACAUAUUUUAAUACCUAAUAGCGAUAAACUGCAGCCAUUACAGGGUCGUUCACAGGACUGAUACACGAUAGCUAGCGAACUAGCAUUAGCUUACCCUCAUAUGUCGUCUCGUUCAUAUCCUCUUGUCUUCAGCUUGAUACUGCUGUAUCGCCUCCCAAACUCUCCUGAGUGUCUCCUGAGUGUUCCGACUCACCACUCUCAGCUUUCUCCGACUCUUCUAUUACUUUGAAUCUGACAGAAAGCCACAGACCGAGCAGCAGGUGAACCAUCGCCUCCGUUAUGUUGCAUUUGUGUCGCACACAAAUGACGUUAAGAGACUUUCGGCUCGCUGCGCUAUGACGACUCCACCCACGAUGAGGCUAUAUGGAAAAACAACUAAACCGAGACGAGCCGAGUCAAAUACAAUAGUGGCGAGCCGUACCGCGCCGAGUAGAUGCUUGUGGAAUCGCAGCUUUUGGCUCUGAACCUUUAUCUACCUGUGGUCGCUCUGUCUUCUGGAGUGAUUUGAUUGGUUAUACGUAACGAAUAAAACUCCUUUACCAUCUGUAAACAAAAACGUAUCAACAGUUUUCUGUUAGAGUUUGUGUUCUUCUAAGUUUAACUCAAGGUUUUAAAUACUUUCAUUUACUGAAAACCCACAAAACACCCCUCUAUACUUGACCACACUUAGUACAGUCCGGUUCCCCCUUCUAUAAAUCUGCUUGGAAUCUUCCACUUCCUGUUUGUCAAAGUGGCCUUCUACCUGGACAGGUUUUGUUGGAGCUCAUGCAACAAACAUUUUGGGUAACUGCACUUUAAUAUGGAUGGAUGACACUGAAUUAGAGUCUGUUUUAAUGAGACUGAGUUAAGAUGUGUAGCUCUGUCAUUAAAUAGUAAAUUAUUUCUCAGAAUUCACAGUGAAAAGUCUGAAAUGUUUGCUAGGUUAGCGUCCCACAUGUUCUUUGGCUCAGCUAAAGCUAACUCUCUCCAACUUCUGGAUCUCUUGAGUUGCUUGUUGUUAAAAUAUCUUGCUAGAGGUGCUGAAGCUCAGAAAGUCUGAGAUGUUUGUUCAAAAUAAGCUCAUUCUCAAGUCUUAUCUGAACUGUCCUGUUUUGUUUGAACUUUCCCUAAACUUAGGAGUUAAUGACGGAGCAGCACAUCCAGACUCAGUCUCAUUUAUGUAGAGAUUAAACUUCAGUGUCAUUCAUUGAUGUUAAAGUGCAGUUUUUCAAAUGUUUGUUGCACAUGCUCCCGACCAAACCAGUCCAGGUGGAAGAUGAUGUGAAGAGAAAGCUCCAGAGGAUGAAUAUCACACAUUUACAUUGGAAAUUCAUGUCCUUUAAUUAGACAUUGUCAUGCAAAUUUGGAUUUCCCUUUGUUGAGUGUUUUGUUGAUGUUGCUUUCUAAAUGUUUUUUGACACUCGGCCCCAAAGAUUAAAACCUUCUACGGCUCACAAGCUGCAACAAUUCACACAUUAUCAACUAUCUUUCUGACUAAACUAAGAUAAAAAGUGAAAAACUGCCUGAUUCCUGCAUCAUGAAUGUAAAUCUUUUUGGUUUUUAUGACAGUAAACUGAAUAUAUUUGGGCUUGACAUUUUAUAAACCAAAACAAGAAAUGAAUUACUGGAGAAAACGACAGAUUAAUGGACAAAGAAAAUGUGUUUUCCAACAAAUAUGGCUGAAUUACUCCAACAUUACAAGAUACAUACAAUUGUAAUUCAAUUUUAUUUCUAUAAUGCCAAUUACAGGUCAAAUUGUCUCAAGAUGCUUUAUUUUUAUACUUUGUUGUCAUAUUUAAAAUAUGACAAAGUAAGAAAUUUAAACCUCUUGACUAAUCCAAUUUAUUAUUUAGUUUUUAAGAGACUAAUUGAGAAUUCAAACUUUCUCCACUAAAACUAAUAAACAUAAGGUCAAAUAGAAGGAACAGUUUUAAAUACUGCAGUCCCACGACGACAAGAAUAAAGUUUCUCAACAAAAACUAAAUCUGCUGGUGGAUUCCAUUAAAGUCCUAAGAAAUGAUAAUAAAGUGUGAUACUAAAUGUUUGUGGUGCUAAAAAUGUCCAAGUAAAGAUAUGAAGUUGAACAUCUGGAUGGAGGUUGAUAAAAGUUGACCUCCCUUCAUUUCUCUGGAGCGACUCCAUGGAUUUUAUGGAUGGUGGUUAAAGACCUGCUCUUCUAGUGGUCUUCCUUCUAGUCGCUGUAAAAAGUCAGUCCAUCCUGGCCGACUUCAACACCUCUUCAUGACAACUUGUUCUGCCUCAGACCUCGUGGAAACUCAAGAAACUCGGGAAAACCUGUCGAGACUCGAAGAACUCCUCGAGACUCGAGGAACUCGUCGGGCGGGGGAAAGUGUGGUGGGCGGUGGGGGAGUAGAGGGGGGAGGCCGCCACCCACCUCCCCGCCUACUCUCCGCCCUGACUCCACCCAGACUCCGCCUUGGCUCCACCCAUGUGGUGACUUCAGUAACUACGAUGUCAAAGGGACGACGAAUUUAUUUCUUUUUAUCUGAUCUGUAGCUCAGUGAGUUAAGGAUUUGCCUAUGGAGCUGCAGGUCGCUGGUUCAAGACCAGACACUUCUUAAAUUUUCUCUAAAUUCUGACAAAGACAAAGAAAGUUAAAGGCCGGUGGCGGGUCUCGAACCAGCUACCUUCCAGUUGGUAGUCUGUCUUCUUUUCCCCUGAGCUAUUCGCUCAGAUACUAAUUCUUCUUUUUUUUGCGCAUUUGUCAUCUAUUUUUUGUCGUUUUCGAGUUUUUUUUUUUACUCGAGUCUCGACUCGACCGUUUUUCUCAGGAGGUUGGACUUCAGCCUUUGUGCUGGAGGGUGGAACCCUCAGUUCCAAGACUUUCCAAAGCCUCCAGACCUCCCGAGUCCUCAGGACCUGAGCUUUCACACAGUCUGAGGGCUGAAAUUUUCUAAGUCCCACAGUAGAUCUCUGUGAGAUUGAACUUUCAGACAGUCCAAGGACUGAUAUCUUCCAAGUUCCUGAGUAGUUCUCUGUUAGUUUGAACCUUCAGACAGUCUGAGGACUGAAAUCUUCUAAGUUCCUGAGUAGUUCUCUGUUAGUUUGAACCUUCAGACAGUGUGAGGACUGAAGUUUUCAAAGUUUCUCAGUACUUCUCUGUUAGUUUGAACUUUCUAGUUAACAGAAGCCUUAAAACUUGUGACCAUGAGUCUUGAUUUCACAUUUAGAUCAUCCAUCUGAGUUCUUCUCAGACCUUCACCUGUGGGUUUUUUAGAAAUCCUCAACAAACUUUGAUUCUCUUCACUGAACAGUAAAGUUUGUGGAGAUCAGAAGGUAACAUUAGUUUGAUCAAUGCCUUCAACUACUAGUAGACUUUAUCUGGAAAGCAGUUUUCUGAAACGAGUUCUUAGUAAAUCUGUCCACAAUUAAACCAAGAACAUAGAAAGAGGAAAUGUUUGAAGAAACAACUUGAUGUUUUCAUUUCAGACUAGAAAACGCUUUAAGGACUUUAUCUGCUUUUGUCUUUUGAUCAUUUUAUUGUUUCUUCUGUUUAAUUUGAUCUUCUAAAGUUUAACUGGUGCCUUUUCAAAGGUUUUAUCUUUAGUUUGAUUCUUCUUAAAUAUUUAGUUUUGCUCUUUUCUCACCUUUUAUUCUGUUCUAAUGUCUGAUCUGAUUUCGAAAUGUUUUGUCUUUUUAAUGUUUAAUUGUUGUUUUUUCUAAAUGUUUUAUCGGCUUGUUUAAAAAUUUCCUUUAUUUCCCAAUGUUUAAUUUUUCGAUUAAAUCUUUAAGGUUUUUCUUUUUAAA